UUGUCAGGGGUGUAAGCAUUAGUCCAAACAGUUACAAAACGUUUCGUUUUGCAACUAAAACGACCGUUUCUAUUGGACAAAUUCAGCUAGGUAUCUACACGUUACGUUACUUUUAAGAAACGUUUAUCAACAGAAUAGUUGUAAUAAAUACACACCAGGCCUCCUCCAGACUCGCAUUUUGGCGAAUCCAGUGCUCUUUCUCCAGUCCUUAUUCAAGGGCACGAUAUUUCUGAGUUGUCCGCUGGCGCCGAAGAGUCAUUUAUGAAUUUAACCGGCCAGAUUGUGACACAUUUGGUUUCCCUAACUUUAUGAAGCAGUAUCUAACAUUAUUAAUGUACCAGGCAUUUCAGAUUUGAAUAGCAAUCCGGAUUAGUAGGAUAAUCUAUGAAUGACAAUAUGGAUUCUGAUGAAGUUCAACAAACAGAUGGCAGCACAUUAGAAGAAUCAACAAGUAGUCCUAAUCAAAGGAUGACAAGAUAUCAGAUCCUCACAUUGACGUCAAUCGCAUCUGUCAACUUCAGCUCAAUGAUUUGUUACUCUAUACUGGGACCAUUCUUCCCCAAAGAGGCUGUGAAAAAAGGAGCCAGUCAGACUGUCAUUGGCCUUAUAUUUGGCUGCUAUGCUCUGUGUAAUCUGAUGGGCUCCUUAGUACUGGGUAAAUAUAUUGUUCAGAUCGGGGCAAAGUUCAUGCUAAUUUCAGGCUUAUUUGUGUCAUCAGUGUGCACCAUUCUCUUUGGCUUACUCGACAAAGUUCCUGACGGACCUACUUUUAUUAUCCUGUGCUUUAUCAUAAGGUCUGUUGACGCUGUGGGCUUCAGUGCUGCAAUGACCUCUUCUUUCGCAGUUUCAACAAAAGUUUUCCCAAACAAUAUAGCAACUGUUCUGGGUAGUCUGGAGAUCUUUACAGGGCUGGGUCUUAUACUGGGACCACCAAUAGGUGGAUGGCUCUACCAGUCGUUUGGAUACGAAGUUCCUUUCAUGGCUCUGGGAUGCUUCCUAUUUGUCAUGGUCCCCUUCAACAUGUACAUCUUACCAAGCUUUGAUGCUGAUCCUAGCAAGGACUCCUUCUUCAGGCUGUUCACGCGUCUGAAGAUAGUCCUCAUAUGCUUUGUCAUAUUCACCCUGAGUUCUGGACUCGGCUUUCUAGAUGCGGCCUUGUCCAUAUAUGCCAUUGAUAAGUUUAACCUGUCUCCAGGCUAUGUGGGUCUUCUCUUGCUUGGUCUGUCGUUGCCUUACUGUCUAGCCUCACCUCUGCUUGGUAUCGUCAGUGACAGGUUUCCUUCCACGAGGCCGUGGUUCAUGGUGCUAGGAGGCUUGUUAACAGCAACUGGCUUCUGGUUCUUAGGUCCUGUCCCCAUUCUGCAGAUAAAGAGUCAGCUGUGGCUGGUGGUUUUCAUGCUGGGUAUCAUAGGAUUCUCUCUUAGCAUGACUGCCAUCCCUACCUUCCCUGAAAUACUCGACUGUGCAUAUGAAAAUGGAUUUGAGGAGGGGCUGAGCACUCUGGGACUGGUGUCUGGAUUGUUUGGAGCAGUGUGGUCCUUUGGGAUGUUUUGUGGUCCAACGCUCGGUGGCUUCAUCACACAACAGCUGAGCUUUGAGUGGGCUGCUUCUGUUCAAGGAGGCCUGGCCUUUCUAGCUGCUUUUUUUCUUGGUGUAUAUUUUCUCUGUCAAAGAACACGACAAGAAAGGUCUCCUCAAAUCCAGACGAAAAGACCUUCCGAUGAAGCUACCCAUCUUCUGACCUGAACAACGAUCAUCUACCAGGAACAAUUUCUAUUUUCUGCUAUGAGAAACUGGUCAGAUUAAGAUCCUACACCUGUAUAUGUACAUCGGUGCUAAACGUGGAAUGUAUUAAAAUAUACAACUAAGAGGAUGAUGCCACACAAGUUAUCAUUUGUUGUCAUAGCAUUAGCAAUCAUAACAGAAGCAGUUCAGUUUGCAUUAUGCCAAUACCAUAUAAGACCUGUGUAUAUAAUUACUUGAACUGUCAAGGACCUCAACAAGCCGUGGUAAAGCUUUGGAACUUUUUGAAUUAGUUUGUUAAAAGCAAUUUUAAAACACCAUGUACUUCGGAACAGGAAUGUUUCACAAAAGAAUGUUUACUUGACGAUAAUCAAAUGGCAUUUAUACAUAUCAGUUGGCCAUGUUAAAUAUGCACCGAUUGAAAUCCAGUACUAUGUAAAUACCCCUCAUUCUCCAAUCCUCAUAGCACCUGACAUGGGUUAUUGUCUGAAUAGUUAACCUCCUUUAUGGCUAUGUAGAUUGACCAAUGACCAUAUCAGUGACGGCAAUAAUAUAUAUAUAUAUAUUUUUCAAAUGGACCAAUCAAGCAAGUAUUUUAUGUCCAUUUAUUAAGUGAUAUAAAAUGCAGUUCAUUCAAGGACACUAAUAUUUGAAUAUAUGUAACUAAUGUAAGCCUAGUCCUUUUACAGUCUGAGUUACUUCUCAGUUGUAGUUACAUGCCAACUAUUUCCAAAUACCAUUUCUUUCGGAAGAGAAUGUUUCACAAAAGAAUGUUUACUUGACAACUCAAAGGGUGUAUAUACACACAGUAUCUGUUAUGUAAAUAUGUACCGAUACUGAAAUGCAGUACUAUGUAAAUGCCCCAUUCUCCAAUCUCUACGUCAUGGAUGAUGUCUGAACAGUGGGGUCAGAACUCCAUGUAUGGAGUGAUUUCAGUGCCAACAAAUUGUAUUUAAUAAUUUUGUAUUCUAUAAUUUUGAAUUCAAUAUUUUUUAUUUCUAAUGCACAAAUGUAAUCAUUCAUAAAGGUCCCGAUUUCCGAUAUUAAGCCCUUCAAAUCCACUUCUCAGUAGUUGAUAUUCAGGCUCACUUCAUGAAGAUGGUAAAAGGCUUUGCAGGAGUGGUUCCCUUGAGUGUGCUGAAUAAAUGCAAAUCAACUGCUGAAAAACUUCCCACUUGCUGGCCAACAGAUUUUUGGUGGAAUUUACAUUCAAAAGGGUUUUCAGUACAUUUAUCUUAAGCCUUCUAUUUAAAUAUGGUGUACCUUUUGAAUUAGUAUUGUGGACAGACUAUAGAGUACAUGGAUCAAUGAAAUUAUGCCAUCUACAGUGCAUUCAGACCCCUUCCACAUUUUAUGUUACAGCUUUACUCUAAAAUUAAUUCAAUUGUUUUUCCCCUCAUCAAUACCCCAUAAUGAAACAGAAUUUUCUACAUUUUUGCAAAUAUAUUAAAAAUACAAAACUGAAAUAACA